UGUGUCAUUAAAUGAGGUUAGUUUCUUUUCAUUUCAAACACCAAACCAAACCACACCAAACCAAACCGGACAACAGUUUGACGUCACGAUUACACUGUCUGACAAAGUACAAUUUAGGGGUUUUGUGAGCCUUUACUGCGGUGUUGUUUAGACAUUUCUGUAGGAAGGGGCAAAAUCACUUUACGGAUUAGGUUCUGAUGUUCAGGGGUUAUCAAGGUUGUGCUACCACUGUAGUUAAUUGACAAAAAGGAAACUGCUAUCUAUGGGAAUCUCCAGCUGGGGCUUUCUAUGGUGACUUCAAACUUAUAGAAAACCCAUGUGCCUUCAUCUCCAUUGCUCACUCUCUGGCAUCCAGUUUCUUGGGGGUAAGUUUUCCUUUCGAAGAGUCCGGAGGAGAGGUAAGGAGCUCAAGUUGAGAAAUUCCAGAAACGGAAAGGGACAAAAGGGGCUGAUCUCUGCCUGGUGUUUCUCCCUGGUGUCUCUUCCAGAAAGACCUUGGGCCAGGCCUGGGAAGCAGGUGGAGAGGAAGCAGGGGUUUCCCGGAAGGCCUGGCUCUGAAAGUCCCAGGUCUGAGAUUGGUGUCUGGGGCAGGGAAGCCGAGGCCGUUAUUCCCCGGGUUUCUCUUCUCCCUCUCACAACCUGUGUCUUAUCCUCCUGCCUGGAUACUCAUGACGUAGUCCCAGCUCUCACUCCCAUUGCGCGCCCGGUUUCUAGAGAAGCCAAUCAGCGUCGCCGCGGUUCCCGGCUCGUCGGUUCCAGGGAGCCGCCGGGACUUAGAUUCUCGAGACCCCAGGAAUGCGGGACGAAAUACCGCAAAUACUCCUGGUGCUGCUGUCGGUCCCGUGACCGAGACCUGGGCGGUCAGGACUCCUACGACAGCGCGAAUUACCUCGCCCUGAACGAGGACCUGCGCUCCUGGACCGCGGCGGACGCGGCUGCGCAGACCUCCAGGCGCAAGUCGGGGGCGGCCCGUGUGGCGGAGCCGCAGAGGAACGACCUGGAGUUCACGUGCGUGGAGUGGCUCCGGAGGUACCUGGAGAUGGGGAAUAAGACGCUGCAGCGCACAGAUGCCCCGAAGACACAUGUCACCUACCAUCCCAUCUCUGAUCAUGAGGUCAUGUUGAGGUGCUGGACCCUGGGCUUCUACCCUGCUGGGAUCACCCUGACCUGGCAGCGUGAUGAGGAGGACCUGACCCAGGACACAGAGCUUGUGGAGACCAGGCCUGCAGGAGAUGGAACCUUCCAGAAGUGGGCAGCUGUGGUGGUACCCUCUGGAGAGGGGCAGAGAUACACAUGCCAUGUGCAGCAUGAGGGGCUGCCCGAACCUAUCACCUUGAGAUGGGAUAAGGAGGGAAACCUGGGCACAGAGCCUGCUGUCAGGGACAUCAGGAGCUGUUGCGCCUCAGCCUUGCUGUAGGGCUUGUUAAACAGGUGAUAACUUGACCUUGUGCCGAAUACUCAGAGUCUGUGGGUCUGGGGAGAGGGCCAUGUGUUCUGUGAGAGCCCUGCGAGCAAGCCUGGUGCUCUGCCGGACCUGGAGCUGCUGAGGUCAGAGAGGAGAGCAGGCCAGGGUGGAAGGGACAUGAAAAUCGCAUUUACGGGGCCCCUG